UGCUUUCCGUUUUCGUGUAAUCUGGAACAUUAUGUAAAUGUUUCAAUGUGUAAAUAUUAUAUCUGUCGAUAAUGAGUAACGUUUCAAUGUAUACUUACUUUUGAUGGAAUAGUGUUUUCAAUAAACGCUAAUGGUUGCUGACUAUUCUUAAUAUAUUUUUCGCAGUCUUGACGUGUGAGCUUUAUUAGAGUAAUCCUAGGUUCUAAUAGAUUUAUUGGGAUAUCUUUGGGAUCUGUAGUAACUUGUAUUUUUUCUUCACAAUUUUUUCCAGUAUUGUCUAUCAAAGAUAUAUUGGGAAUAUUUUCGUUUCCUGAAGCGUGAUAAGGCAAGUUAAUAAGAAUGCAACACAUCUCACGUGAUACCGCUGAAAUGUUGAAUCAACUGCAUAUAAAGAGUAACGGCUGCUUUUUGUAUCUUGAGAAAGUUCUUGAUGGUGUUGCUGAGAACUUUAUUGUCUUACGUGAGAUACGUGAGAUUCCAGGAACUCUAAAUGGCCUAUAUCUCUGGCUUUGUCAACGACUUUUCAGUAGGAAGCAAUUCCUUAAAGUUCAGCCUCUUCUGAAUGUCAUGCUUGCUGCUAAAUUAUCUAUCACACGGGAUAUACUUUAUAAAAGCGUAAAGACUGCUUGCAUCGAUAUGACUAUGGAGGACUUUAAUCGUCGACUCUAUCUUCUGCGCAGAGUAAUAUCCGUCUCUCGUACCGGCGCAUUAAUAUUUUUCCACCACAGUUUUGCUGAAUGGUUACUGGAUGUUAAGCAUUGUACUCAAAAAUAUCUUUGUACGGCCAUUGAAGGUCAUGCCAUGUUGGCAGCCUAUUACACGCUUUGUGGUCCUGAGCUUAAUCCCGAUGAGAUCUGUGUGUUAGCUCAACAUUUGCAACGUGCAAUACCGAACGUUAUGACUAACACUCUAGAUGCCCACACUCUUCAGCUACUUUGGAUGAUUGAUAGCAACGCUGCAAUUGAAAGCUGUUAUGUAGAUAGUUCUGAAUGCAUCCUUUGGCCCAGACAGGAUAUAAAGCUCUUUAAACUGUUAAUCGAUGCUGGUGCCAAGCCUUCCGAAAAGAUUACUGAAGAAGAUGUUAAUAAAGAUGCUGUUUCUUCUAUUCAGGUUUCACAUAAUGUAAGCCCUGUUGAUGAAUUUUCAAGUGACCCAUUAAUAGAGCUACUCGGUGAAAAUGGUGAUAUCAAUCAAGCUGAUUCUUAUGGACGAACGAUAUUACAUACUUUAGCUGCGGAUGGCAAUACAUCUUUAUUAGAGCUGGCGCUUUCAACCUAUCCUCAGGCAAAAUUAGAAACGGCUGAUCGACAUGGACAAACACCACUAAACUUAGCUGCUAGACAUGGUUAUGCAGAUGUAGUACGUGUCCUCUUAGUCGCUGGUGCAAAAGUAGAUCAUGCCGAUUGCGAUGGCUGGACUGCCCUCAGAGCUGCUGCUUGGGGAGGACAUACUCAGGUAGUCGAACAACUUUUAAAACAAGGGGCAAUGGUAGAUUGCGCUGAUUGGGAUCAACGAACAGCAUUACGAGCAGCUGCAUGGGGUGGACAUGAAGAUAUUAUUAAGAUACUUUUACAGCAUGGUGCGGACGUUAAUAGAACAGAUGACGAAGGUAGAACUGCUUUGAUUGCUGCAGCAUACAUGGGUCAUAGCGAGAUUGUAAAACAUCUCCUAGAUUUUGGAGCUAAAAUCGAUCACGCCGAUAACGAUGACAGAACUGCGCUCAGCGUUGCUGCUCUUUGCGCUCCAGCCAACCAUGGAUAUGCAAAAGUUGUUACAAUACUUUUAGAACGUGGUGCUAUCGUUGACCAUCAGGAUAAAGAUGGAAUGACCCCAUUAUUAGUCGCUGCGUUUGAAGGUCACAGAGAUGUCUGCGAAUUAUUAUUGGAAUAUGAAGCAGAUGUAGAUCAUUGUGACAUUACAGGAAGAACGCCAUUGUGGGCGGCCGCAAGCAUGGGACAUGGAUCUGUCGUUGCUCUUCUAUUGUUCUGGGGUUGCUAUGUUGACAGUAUAGAUAGUGAAGGUAGAACUGUUCUAAGUGUGGCUGCUGCUCAAGGCGGUACAGAUGUUGUAAACCAACUGCUUGAUAGAGGCCUAGAUGAACAACAUAGGGAUAAUUCUGGUUGGACACCUUUACAUUAUGCCGCAUUUGAAAGUCAUAUUGAUGUUUGUGAAGCAUUACUGGAUGCUGGUGCGAAAAUUGAUGAAACCGACAAUGACGGAAAAAGCGCACUCAUGCUUGCAGCGCAGGAAGGACACACAUCGUUGGUAGAAAAGUUACUAAAACAACAUGGCGCCCCUAUAGAUCAGCACGCCCAUGAUGGCAAAACGGCAAUAAGACUUGCUGCUUUACAAGGACAUUAUGAUACCGUGAGAACAUUAUUAUUUUACAAUGCUGAUGUUAAUGCAAAGGAUGCCGAUGGGAGAAGUACUCUAUAUAUACUUGCAUUAGAAAACAGAAUAACUAUGGCAAGGUUUCUACUAGAACGUGCGAAUGCUGACGUUGAAAGUAGAGAUUCCGAAAGGACAAAGAGCGUUCUGG